AUGGUGUCCCUGUCCAGCAUCCCCAUAGUGCUGAAGGACAACAAGACCUUCUACCCUGCCGGCCUUCUGAAGGGCAGCCCGGCAGGAUCCUUCUACCCUAACCCUCUCCACCACCACCCCCACUACAUGGACCUCUUCCCCCGGACUCACGACCUCCUCCACCCUCUCAAGUCCCUGGGUCGUCUGGUUUCGGACGCUCAGGUGAACCUGCCGCUCAGCGUGCACGGCGGCGCGCCUCCGUUGCACCUGUUGAGCGCGUCGGGCAUCCCUUACCUGAGCCAGGUGUUGUUCUCCAAACCGGAGGAGAUGGCCGCCGUGGUGACGGAGCACGCUGCCGGACCUCUGUCCUCGGACUUCAGCAGCAGGACGUCCAGUGAGAGGACGUCCAGUGAGAGGACGUCCAGUGAGAGGACGUCCAGUGCCGAUCUGCCGCGUUCUGCCGCGUCUGCCGCAUCUGCCGCAUCUGCCGCAUCCUCUGCCGCCUCCGCCGCCGCCGCCUCGCCGCCUGCACGCAGCCUGUUUGGGGUUCAGUCUCAGGGGAAAGCGUGUUAUAACUUCAGUGAGGACGACCUGUUCUUGGUCCUCUACGGUUAUUCAGGCCCGGAGCGCAGCGUGGGACACGCGAUGUCAGGACUCACCCUGCCCGAGAAGCCAGUUUCUGACUCUCCCAUUCUUCCACUGGACAAAGAAUCUCUUGAGCUUCCAGACGGGCUGACCGUCGUCCAAGCAGCUUGGGGAAACGUGUCGCACUGUGGAGUGUUCACAGACAAAAGCAGCAUCCCUAAAGGGACGCGCUUCGGACCUUUCCAAGGAAAGCUGGUCAAUACCAGCGAGAUAAAGACAUACGACGACAACACUCUGAUGUGGGAGGUGUUUGAAAAUGGCCGGUUGAGUCACUUUGUGGAUGGCAGGGGAGGCUCAGGAAACUGGAUGUCUUCAGUGAAGUGCGCUCGUUUCCCAGAGGAGCAGAACUUAAUUGCUGUACAGAUCCAGGGUCAGAUCUUCUAUGAGGCCUGCAAAGAGAUCCGUCCGGGUCAGGAGCUGCUGGUGUGGUAUGGAGACUGCUACAUGCAGUUCCUCGGCAUCCCUCUCACCCUGAAGGACCUCGGGGAGGAAAACGGCACGAUUCCUCCCAUUGAAGAUUCCGAUGAGGGUUUCAAAUGUGACAGAUGCGGGAAGGUGUUUGCCUACAAGUACUACAGAGACAAGCACCUGAAGUACACGCGCUGCGUGGACCAGGGCGACAGGAAGUUCCCCUGUCACCUCUGCACCAGGUCUUUCGAGAAGAGAGACAGAUUAAGGAUCCACAUUUUACACGUCCACGAAAAACACAGGCCUCACAAGUGCUCAGUGUGUGGGAAGAGUUUCUCUCAGUCGUCCAGUCUCAACAAACACAUGCGUGUCCACUCUGGAGAACGGCCAUACAAGUGUGUUUACUGCAAUAAGGCCUUCACGGCCUCCAGCAUCCUGCGCACACACAUCCGCCAGCACUCCGGGGAGCGGCCCUUCAAGUGUAAGCACUGCGGGAAGGCCUUCGCUUCGCACGCGGCCCACGACAGCCACGUGCGGAGGACCCACGCACAGGACAGGCCGCUGCCCUGCGACCUGUGCGGGGCCACCUUCCAGCAGGAGCAGGAGUUCAAAAACCACAUGAAAAACCACAGAAACAGACACAUCUCGGACAUCACAAUUCUUCCUUCAUCUCCAGGAAGUGGAUUACAGGAGGGCAAUCCAAAAAUACAGAAGAACGCCGGACAAAACGUUCCUUACACGGGGGUAACAGUUUUAAAUCCAGAAUAUCGGCCCUGGAACUGA